AUGAGCGCCCGCUCGGCAUAUUUGUGUCAGAUACAGGUAAUUCUCCAGUUAGCCUCCUACUUUACCUACUAUUCUAUUCUUCUUCAGAUUUGCAAUGGGUUCUUAAUAGCAGCUGGUUUGCUAGCCGUCGGUCUGGCGGGUAGUCAGUUCUCAAAAGUCGGUCUGGAUAACUACCGGGACAUUGAUUUCCGGUUACUCAAUUUCAUUCACAUUGUCACCGGGUGUAUUGGGUUCUACUCACUCUGGAAAAAUCAUGGAAGCAUCGUCACAAAGUCACUUUACAUGGUCUCUUUCGUUAUCGGCUUCGCCACUGCGGUUUUCUACGGUUUUACCACUUAUCGGGUAAGUCUUAGAAGGAAAACAUAAAAUGAUAAAUAAUAAUCUUCAGGUUGUAAAAGCCGGCGAUAAUUUGAACUCUCUUCAGUCCGCUGAUGGGUUCAAUGAAGAAUUCCAAUCAGAGCAUAGCAACUAUGCGGGCAGAAUUGUCAUCUCAGCCCUUAUGAUUGGUUGGUUUCACUCAAAAAUGUUUCAUCCAAUUAUAAUUUUCAGCCUCCGGAGCAGUUGCCUCUCUGUUCUCCCUGUUCGCCAUCUUCCUGCUCAGCAAAAUCAUUGUGGUCACUAUUCCAGUGUAUCCAAUGCAAUCAGUAAGUCGCCCCACUAACCGCUUCAACCACCUAACUUUCUCUUUUUCCAACUAGAUCUCGAUGAUUCAGAGAGAGCAAGAACUGGCGAUGAGCAGUGCAAAGAAAACGUUGGCAUCCAUCGGACUCAUCAAGUUCAUCCUCUGUUUCGGUAUUCUGGGACUUUGUGUUUUCAUCGAAUAUGAACAUGAGAAUGUGAGCAUUUUAAAACUGGAAUCAGCCAACCAAUUUCUUUCUUUUUUUUUUAGGUUGCCGGACAGGAUAGGUACAUCAAAAUCGGAUUGGAUCACAUCUCGGCAAUGCUUGCCAUUGUCAGCGGUGCCAUGGACAUUUGGGCAACUCGUGGGAAGAACCAGCAAAAUUUGAACCUUAAGGUAUGUGUGCUCAAACAUGAAGUGAAAUGUGAAUAUAUCUUGAACCCUCAUUUAUUUACACAGGUUGCGCUCGCGGUCGCCGUCGUCGCCGCCACGUGGUGCCUCAAAACAGUUGACAACAACGCGAUGCCCUUCUACAAAAAUGACCUCAAGUUCUACUACCAGGGUCGUGAGGUCGGAGGUAAGCAACAGCAAUUUUCAUUAUAUACGUACACACGAAACGAUAUCGAAAUUUGAUACGUUUCAAGUCAACACCGAUAUGUGUACAACUAUAGUCGAAAUGAACCGCCCGAUCUCUUGUUUUUUCCAGACCCCUCGAUCACGUCAACCGAUGCUCCACGAUACAUUUUGGUGGUGGCUCACGGAGUUUUGCUCGGAUGCUUCGGAAUCGCAUUCUUCCUUUGCACUCUGUCGGCGGUCAUUGUCGGGACAUACUUACACCUUGACUUCCACUCAAUGCACACUGAAGUGAACAAGAGCAUCAAGAUUCAAACAGGGUUAGAUUGACAUUGUAUGGAUCAAUGAACUCAUUGGUAAAUUGCAGAGUGCUCAAUGUGCUCCACAUCUUCUGGGGAGCAUGUAUGCUUGCCCUAUGCAUUCUGGGACUACUGGAUACAUGGUGGAGAGGAGAGUUCCUUGGGGCUGAUCUCCUAUGGGUCUCCAUACUUUUCAUGACCACUGGACUUAUUACUUCUAACAACUAUAGGUACAGAAUAUGAGGGUCAGAAAGUAAAAUUCUAUAUUUUUUUUCCAGUGUGACCAUUACAACCAAGUUCAUUCUCUCUAUCGUCUGCCUUGGCAUUUCCAUCGAGAAAAUGUGUGCCUCCGCUAAUCUCAUCUACCAAAUGGCCGCCUAUCCCGCAUACAGAAACGGAAAUGAACGGACUUUCGUCGCGCAGAUCAUUUUGUACUCUAUCCAAGCUGGAGUACGUUUCCUGGUGACUCGUACAGAGUUAACACGAACUUGAUUUCAGAUCUAUCUACUGGAAGCCUUGACCUCCCUCGCUGGAGCCUACAUCUACGGAACUGAGCUCAGAAAGCAGCCAAACUUAACUUAUCGCCAUUCGAACGGAGUUCACACCCUCUUCUCGUUAGGAACAUUGUUUUACGCGGUGGUCAUCACUGGAACGUACAUUGUGUUUGAGCUCGGAAAAUGGAGAUAUAAUGAGGUCCCAAUCGAGGUGCCAUUCUUCAGACUUGGAAAUGGUCCACUUGCUGGAGCCGUGUUUGUGGUUCAGGUAACCAGAAAAUGAAUGAAAAUACCAAAAACGUAUUUGCAGUUCCUGUGCAUUCCAUUCCCAAGUUUUUUGGCGUCUGCAUCGAUUCUCAAUAUCAUUAUCGCCUCGAUUUCACUUUUCACAGUUUCAUCGGCGAUUACCAACGUGUAUUAUCUGGUAAGCCCCACAGAAAUCCGAAAAACAGGACAAAAACGAAUGUUCCAGCAACGUUACUUGCAAGCGGCUGACCUUCUGCCAACCACUGAAACUCAGCAAACAAUCUAUCAGGUUGCUAUCAUUCUCGCCGCCGGAGCAGCUCUUGCCUGUGUCAUAUGCACUGUUUGCGCAAUUAUUUGCUCACUAAGGUUUGAAUAUAUGAUUUAUAAUAGGGAGAAGAAGGAGAAAUGCGCGCGAACGCGUCACCUCCGUAUGGAGAAUGAAACAAAAGACCGGAUAGGAUGAAAAAGCAAAGAUAAGAAAAGUGACGUUCAGAUCCUCCUACAUCCUCCAUCAUCGGUCUACCUCACCGGAUAGCACGGUAGUGGCGCCACUUGGAGAAGAGCAGUUUGGAAGUGGAACUUUGCGGGUUGGCACUCACAUGCGGACACCUUCACGACCGUUCCACCCGCAACAAAGCCCGGUUUGACAACACACAAAUGAGUACGUGGUAGCACUAAAACCGGUUUUAGGGAGGCGUUCAGCCUAUGGAAGAGCAGUCCGUGUACUGGAGCGCCGAUGAGAACCCAUUCUACUACCACACCUCAAAACGGUUUUACGGAAAACCUUAUCAAAUCGAGUCGGGGUGAGCAAAGAACGUCACGGGCGCACACACAAAAAUUUGCACAAGCUUCUCUAAGUUUUCACCUAAAACGAAUUUCAGCUUCUAUGGCUAUGCCCUCGCUGGAAGUGGUCAGGCGGCUCAAAGUCCAGGCGGCGAUCCCAACAGAAGAGUACAAUCCUCCGCGUCACAAACCCAAAUCGGACACGUCUUCAACAACUAA